GCCUACGUCACUUCCUGGAGACUGGCUGAAUCCGGAAGUGAUCCCCGAGGACCGAGAGGUGGCUGAGGACUGCAGCGCGGGGCAGGUGGAUUACCAUGAGCUGGAUUCCUUUCAAGAUUGGGCAGCCCAAGAAGCAGAUAGUCCCCAAAACAGUGGAGAGAGACUUUGAAAGGGAGUAUGGAAAACUCCAGCAGCUGGAGGAGCAGACCAAGAGGCUGCAGAAGGACAUGAAGAAGAGCACCGAUGCUGACCUGGCCAUGUCCAAAUCUGCUGUGAAGAUAUCCUUGGACUUGCUCUCCAAUCCCCUCUGUGAGCAAGACCAGGACUUUCUGAACAUGGUCACAGCCCUCGACACAGCCAUGAAGCGGAUGGACGCCUUCAACCAGGAAAAGGUGAACCAGAUUCAAAAGACCGUGAUUGAACCCUUAAAAAAGUUUGGCAGUGUCUUCCCGAGCCUCAACAUGGCAGUGAAACGACGGGAGCAGGCCUUGCAGGACUACAGGAGAUUGCAGGCCAAGGUGGAGAAGUAUGAGGAGAAGGAGAAGACAGGGCCAGUGCUGGCCAAACUCCACCAGGCCCGAGAAGAGCUUCGGCCUGUGCGGGACGACUUUGAGGCCAAGAACAAGCAGCUCCUGGAUGAGAUGCCACGGUUCUACAACAGCCGACUGGACUACUUCCAGCCCAGCUUUGAGUCCCUGAUCCGAGCACAGGUUGUGUACUACUCUGAAAUGCAUAAGAUCUUCGGAGACCUGACCCAACAGCUUGACCAGCCUGGCCACCCGGACGAGCAUCGGGAACGGGAGAAUGAGGCCAAACUGAGCGAGCUCAGAGCCCUCUCUAUUGUGGCUGAUGACUGAGUCCCAGCCCCCUCGGAAGACCUGGGGUCAUGUCAGCCUCUCUAGUUCGCCCUUUUCAAGCUUGGACUCAGGCGUCAACCAGCAAAAGGGCCUCCCCUGGGAGAAGUAUGGGGAUGGCAGCAGCUCCUGCUCUACCUCACUAGCCCUCUGGAAUAAGCCUGGCACCAAGAGCCCCGAACAGGCUGCUAUCUCCCCACCCACAGCAAGAGCCCACAGACAGGUAAACAACGUAGGGGCUUUCUUAUUUCCAAAAGAACCAUCCAAAGUGCAUCCUGGCCUAGGGCCAGAGCAAGCUCCUAGCCUUCAUCUUUGAAGGCCAUGGGCUUUGUCAUCUCACUCGAGGUCUUAGCCAUGCUUGCAUGGUUGGGAUCACAUCUACCUCCAAAAGACCCAUCCUGGGGAGUCCACCCAGCCUUGUUGCCUUUCCACUUCAGACUGUCUUUCCUGGGAGAGGCCCGUGACACUGCCCUGGGGAAUGUGAGAGCUGUGGUCCUUCAGUCCUGACAGGCCCCUCACUCCAGCCUCUGCUUAGCCCACUUCCAGCCCUUAGGUCAAGUGCAAGGAAGCGCCCCAAGUCUUGUAGGUUCCCUAGGAAAUCGGGACUCAACUCGUAUAAAUAUCCUAUCACACACAAUGUCACAGACCAAUUCACAGGCCUCAAAGCAAGAACACUGGGUUUAUGUCUCACCUGAUUAUUUGGAAUGUUAUUUAUUUUUUCAAGUAAAGUUUUAAAUAAAAUUU